CGAACAGCCGAGGCGCUCGCAAAGCGGGGACUUGCCUCUCUCGGGACGCAGCAGCAGCAGCCGCCUGGCGGAGACGACGGCCGCAGCAGCGGGUAGAACUACGGCAGCUGCCAGUUAACUUUGGGCUCGUGAGGAGAAGCCGAGCCCUGCAGCCGCCGCCUCCGCCGCCUUAGCUAUUGGAAGCGGUGCGGCGACAGCCCUGGUCGGAGGAGUCGUCGUUGUCCCGGGAAGAAACGCAGGUGCUGCCUCAAGUUAGUUUCGGGGGGCGCGUGUGCUGCUUCUCUGCCGCCUUUGCCUCUCGUAAUCUCGCGCGCCGAGUGUGCAGCAUGAAGAGGGAGGCAGCAAGCCUGGUGCUGAGCGCGCUACUGCUCUGCCUGGCCGCGGAGGGCAGCCCGCGGCUGCAGGAGGAGCAGCAGCAGCAGCUGGUGGUGCCCGUGAGCCUGGACUCUGCCGAGUACCAGCAACCGGCGGCGGGCGGGCGGCUCUACCGCCUCGACGCCUUUGGCGAGCGCAUCAGCCUGGAGCUGCAGCCGGACAGCAGCUUUUUGGCGCCGGACCUGACGCUGCAAUACGUGGGCAGUCGCCCCCCGAGAGGGGAGAAGGAAGCAGAAGAAGCGUCCGAGCAGCCCGUCGGCGCCGCCUUGGCCGGCUGCUUCUACUCGGGCACCGUCAACGGGGACCCAGCCUCUGCCGCUGCCCUCAGCCUCUGCGGAGGGAUCCGCGGCGCUUUCUAUCUGCGCGGGGCAGAGUACCUCAUCCAGCCAGCCAACAUCUCCCGCUCGCAAGGAGGAGAGCAGCUCCACGUCCUGCGGCGGCGCCUGCGGAAGCAUCUCCACCAGGGCGGCGGUGUUAAGUGCGGGGUGACGGACAGCACCUUCCCCUCGGCGGCUGAAGGGCAGCAGCUGCCGCCGCCCGAGCACGUGCACCGCUCAGGAAAUAGAAGCAUGAGGAAGAAAAGAUUUGUGUCAAGUCCUCGCUAUGUGGAGACCUUGCUUGUAGCAGACCAAUCUAUGGCAGAGUUUCAUGGCAGUGGACUGAAGCACUAUCUCCUUACACUCCUGUCUGUGGCAGCCAAAUUGUACAAGCAUCCCAGUAUUCGGAACUCCAUUAGCCUGGUGGUGGUGAAAAUCAUGGUCAUCUAUGAUGAGCAGAAAGGGCCUGAUGUAUCCUCAAAUGCUGCUCUCACCUUAAGAAACUUCUGCAGCUGGCAAAAGCAGCACAAUCUUCCCAGUGACCGGCUUGCUGAACAUUAUGACACUGCAAUUCUUUUCACCAGACAGGAUCUCUGCGGUGCCAAGACAUGUGAUACUCUUGGGAUGGCUGAUGUGGGAACAGUUUGUGAUCCAAACCGCAGUUGCUCUGUCAUAGAAGAUGAUGGCUUGCAAGCUGCUUUUACAACCACUCAUGAAUUAGGCCAUGUAUUUAAUAUGCCUCACGAUGAUGCAAAGCAGUGUGCCAGCAUUAAUGGCAUAAGCAGAGACUCCCAUAUGAUGGCAUCUAUGCUUUCCAACCUGGAUCGAAGCCAGCCAUGGUCUCCGUGCAGUGCUUACAUGAUUACUACGUUUUUGGAUAACGGUCAUGGUGAGUGUUUGCUGGACAAGCCUCACAAGCCUCUACAGCUUCCUUCUGAUCUACCUGGAACAAUGUAUGAUGCAAACAGGCAGUGCCAGUUCACAUUUGGAGAGGAGUCCAAACAUUGUCCUGAUGCGGCCAGCACAUGUGCAACUUUAUGGUGUACUGGCACCUCUGGUGGAUUGCUGGUGUGCCAAACCAAACAUUUUCCUUGGGCAGAUGGCACCAGUUGUGGAGAAGACAAGUGGUGUGUGAAUGGCAAGUGUGUAAACAAGACAGACAAGAAGCAUGCACCUAUCCAUGGAGGAUGGGGGUCAUGGGGACUCUGGGGAGACUGUUCAAGGACUUGUGGUGGUGGAGUGCAGUACUCUAUGCGAGAGUGUGACAAUCCAGUGCCAAAAAAUGGAGGAAAAUACUGUGAAGGGAAGCGAGUGCAGUACAGAUCCUGUAAUAUUGAAGACUGUCCAGACAACAGUGGCAAAACUUUCAGGGAGGAACAGUGUGAGGCUCACAAUGAUAUUUCCAAAUCCCAUUUUGGAGCUGGGCCUGCAGUGGAAUGGAUACCCAAGUUUGCUGGAGUCUCUCCCAAAGACAGAUGCAAGCUUGUCUGCCUUGCAAAAGGCACUGGCUAUUUCUUUGUUCUUCAGCCUAAGGUAGUGGAUGGAACCUUAUGUAGUCCAGAUUCAACUUCAGUGUGUGUCCAGGGGCAGUGUGUAAAAGCUGGAUGCGAUCGCGUCAUAGGUUCCAGUAAGAAGUUUGAUAAAUGUGGUGUCUGUGGAGGCAAUGGAUCCACCUGCAAGAAGAUGUCUGGCAUGCUUUUUAGUUCCAGACCUGGUUAUCAGGAUAUUAUUAUUGUUCCUGCUGGAGCAACGAACAUAGAAGUUAAGCAAAGAAAUCAUAAGGGUACAAAGCAUGAAGGUAGUUACCUUGCUAUAAAAGCUGCUGAUGGUGCCUAUAUUCUCAAUGGUGACUAUACAUUAUCGACAUUGGAACAAGACAUUACUCAUAAAGGCAACGUUUUGCGGUACAGUGGCUCAUCUGCUUCUCUGGAAAGAAUUCGCAGCUUCAGUCCACUGAAGGAACCUUUAACAAUACAGGUCCUUUCUGUGGGUGAUUCAUUUCAAUCUAAAAUAAAAUAUACUUAUUUUGUGAAGAAAACAGAGUCUGAGAAGCCUCCCAGUAAAAAGAUUGAAUCCUUCAACGCAAUCAAAGAGACCAUUUUAUCUGAAUGGGUUAUUGAAGAAUGGGGGGAAUGUUCAAAGUCAUGUGGAUCAGGCCGGCAGAGAAGAUCUGUAGAGUGUAGAGGCAUUAAUGGACAGCCUGCUGUAGACUGUGCAAAAGAACUCAAACCAAGUGAUGUCCGACCGUGUGCAGACACACCAUGCCCACAGUGGCAGCUGGGAGACUGGUCAUCAUGCUCUAAGUCAUGUGGGAAAGGUUUUAAAAAGAGGUCAUUAAAAUGUAUUUCCUCUGAUGGCAGCACAAUGUCAGAUGAAAGCUGUGACCUUUCAAAGAGACCUAAACCUCUAAUAGACCUUUGCAAUGUUACAAUCUGCAGCUAAACCAGGACAGACUGGGAAAGCUAAAGGUCUCUUUUUUUGUCCCCCAGACCAAAGCACUGAAAACAAGGGUGAGAGGCAAAAAUUGUAAUUUGCAUGAAAAAUGUACAGAGCGGGGAUUCACUGAGAUGGGCCAGUGCAAAUAAUGUUAGAUUAUGUUGCAUCAUGGAAGAAAAAGAAACCUGUCAACUGAAAAUCUGAUAAAAUGACAAACCAAUGUCACUAGCUAUUUCAUCUUCAGCAGAUAAAACCCUGAGGCAUUACAAUUUCCUCUUUUAAGUCUGUUACAAGUUAAACAAAACAUAGGCAGCGGCCAAAGCAAGUUUAAACAAACAUGUCAAUGUUUUCUUUUUUCCUUCAGGAGUUGUGUUGCGGUACUGAUAAAAUACUUAUCUUGAUCAAAGUUGGGGAAGGAAAGACAGUUUUUCUCCAAGCUUAAUUAUUGGUCAGGUGUUGCCUACCUCACAAAGAGCAAAAAAAAUAUAAAUCAAUAUUUAAAAAGAACCUUCAACUAUACUGUUCAUGGCUGCUAUCAUUUAGAUAAUAGUUUUAUUUAAAACUAAAGCCAUAUGUUCCACCCAUAAAUGAGCAAGUACAAUAAUGGCUGCUUGAUAAAUCUCCUGAUGAAUAGAAUGUAGUGCUCUUAAAACCUCUUGAUUUACUGAGAUGUCUUUUCCUUGCUGUCGGUAUGCUCAGCCUGCAGAGUUAGAAAGGUAGCAGUUCCAAAGCUGCAUACCAUUCUCAUUGGCCUGGAAUGUGCUCUUUUUUGUGUAUGUGCUGGUGGUUCACACCUCAUUUGCUUCAAAGCAGUCCAGUGAAACUAAGCCUGCAAUCCUAUGAAUGCUUACUUGGGAGAAAGCCCUACUGGGCUUGCUUCCAAGUAAACAUGCUAAGGAUUGUCCUGCAAGGUUUCUAUACUAUGCAGGGAGUAAGUCCUGUUGGACUGAGUGGAACUUAAUUCUGAGAAAAGAUGUUUAGGAUUGCACUGUAAGUUUAGCUUGGCAGCACGUGCAUGUCUCAUGACCCUUGCUAACUGAGCAAAGAGCCACCUUUCAAAGUGGUGAUUCUCUUGUAUUUAGCAGGUGAGAGAGCAACUGGCCCUAUCCAGCCCCUGCACAGCAUCCCUCCAGUGGCUGCUGUUGUGUUUACCUUUUAUAUUUCAUGUUUAGAUUGUGAGCCCUUUGGGGACAGGGAUCCAUCUUAUUUAUUUAUUCUUUAUUUUUCUAUGUAAACCGCUUUGGAAACUUUGAAGAGCGGUAUAUAAAUAGUAGUAGUAUUCAUAGUCUGUCUCAUGAGUAAAUCAUAGUCUCAUUUCUUUGUGAAAAUAUACUCCUCCUUGCUGCCAUUUGAAUUAUUGUUAUGGUCUGACCAUUCUGUUGAUAUAGCCUACAUAUGCUGGCCAAUUGUAACACUUACAUGUGGAUUGCUACAGAUUGAUACAAUUCCAUUAUGAACAGGAAAUCUUGUAAUUAGUACAUGACCAAGCUGGAAUGGUUAGUAUCCUCUGGGGGGACGAAAUCUCAUUGUGACUUUUGACAAGGUCUACACUCCUAGGGAUUGAAAAGAGGUGAUGGCAUUCCAGUGCUUUCAGUAUAUUAUCAUGUUUUUACUGUCCUGACCAUCAGGCUUGCAACAGCCAAAUUUGAAAUGGUAUUUUCAAAAUGUGUUUCAAACACAAAAAUGACUGUAAUAUUUUAUUGGUGUUGUCAGAGGAAUGGAGAUGAAAUUGGCAGGAAAGUCCGCCAAAGAUUACUCCACUGGGAGAGUACACCAAUUUGUUGUUACCCUAACCUUAUUCGAAUUCUUUCUUCUGUGCAAAAAAUGACUGCAGUUUUCCCUAAUUAUUGGGGGGGAGGUAAGAAUAAAGUAGGGAUAGUAACCCAGAGAAAGGUGCAAGUGCAACAGUGUUAUCAUGUAUCUUCUAUCUCUAGUGGGGUGGACAUUGUCAAAAGUCAUUAUGAGCAUUCAUUCCCUGAGAGGGUACCAGUGAACACAAUUUGUGGGCCUGGCUCCUGGACUAAAUCCACGGCACCCAACAUUUUUACACUGUUCAUGUCUCUUGUAAGGCAGGGAAGACUAAGCUGAGGGAUAGCGGGUCCAUCCACAGCAGUAUGCCAAUACACGUGUAUUUAAAAGUUUGUGCCAGUCCAUAGACUGAGAGAAUAUAGCUCUCCAUUUGUAUAUAGUAAAAUAUAUUACUAUAGAUGAUACAUACUUUAUAAGUAUUUAUAUUCUUUCUCUUCUGAGAAGGGUUAUAAUUGGUAAUAAAUGCAUUUAAUGAACCUAUUUAUUUUUAUAUUUCUUGUCUAAUGUGAUCUUUUAAGUUAUCACUUUUUUUAAAAAAAGACAUAUAACAAGGAUAGAGUAUUUAUGCAAUAUAUGAUAUUAGAUAAUAAACUUUAUGAAUUUUGGAA